UUAGUUAAAGACGUGGUUUGCUGACAAGACGUUCUCGAAACACAUUUCGCGGGUUUUCGAAAUAAUACACAACACAUUACAAUAUACAAAAAAAGCUUUUAAAAUUUUGUUCAUAAUAAUUGAAAAUUAAUACGUAAAUAAAAUUCGGACCGAACAUGGACACGGACAGUGAGCGCGAGCGAAGUAGUGAUCCCAAUCUAUUAACCAGCAGCGAUAAUCACACAUUUCAUGACGACGAUGAUGAUGAUGACGACGAUGCUGACUCUUCAGCGCCAGAAUAUGGCGAGGAUAUUGGUGAUAUGAGAGACAUUGAUUUCGGUUCCAUCAGUGAUGUCGUGACGCACGCCGGUAGUGAUGUAUAUGACAUUGAUGAUGAUGAUGAUGAUGAUGAUGAUGACAACGAUAAUGGACGUACUGAAAGAACAUGUCUUUUAGUUUCAGACGCUUAUAAAGUACGCCGAAAUAGACGUCCGAGGAGUAGGCAGCACGUUAAACGAAGACUGCAGCAAUCGCUUGAACGUGAGACGACAAUCUCACUUAAUACGCCCAAGAUAAGGAAUUACAAUAAAAGCAUCAAAGUGACAGGAAAAUAUACUUCGGAAGAGGACGAAGAACAAGUACCACUGAAACAAAGCAGCUGUGAUGAAAGGCAAUACGAGCAGUCCGAAACCGAUUUAGGCGAGUCUGUUGGUGCAAAAGAGACCACAGAUAGUUUUGAAUCGGCUGAAGUUUACACUGUAAAAGUUAUAAAAAUUAGUGGUAAUCUAGGUGAUAGCUCCGAAGAGGACGGAGAUAUUGACGAAGAACCCUUUAAGAGUCUAGACGCUCCUGAUGACGAUACCAAAAACUUCAACGAAACAAAAUCAACAGCCCAAGUGGAAUUAAACGUUCAGCCAUCAACACUUGUGUGCGGUGCCAUACAAGUGUCUGCAGAAAUCGAUGCUAAAUUUAAUGAACGUGGUGCCUUUCUAGAAGAGCAAACAGAUUGCGCAGUGCCGACGGCUGCUCAUGCAAGUUUUGAAUUGUUUGAAGAAGAAAUCGCUGAUAUUAAUGCCAAAGUAAUAGAAGAAGAAUCUGCAAGCGACAUUCGCGAGGAGAACGACAUUAUCAAGGAUUGCCAACUAAAAGAGUUUCCAGAAAUAGAACAACAUACGGUGCUGGUGUCCGACAAAAACGUCAACGACGAAGGUGACAACGACGGUUGCGGCGGUGACGACCUCAAAAGUUCGCAAUGCUUAACUAUAGCGCCUCAAGCGAACGCAAUCAACAACGAGAACAACACGUCUACUACAAACAUCGGCAGCGUCUUGGCAGACGAAGAGAAUUGGCGCGAUAGUGUACGCGAAUCCAUUGAGUGUUACUACUCGGCACAGGAUCUGCUAGAGUACGGACAUCUCUUGAGUAGUGGCCUUAAAACACCAGACAUUGAGUCUGGUUAUUUCGAAAAGUCCGAAUCGGAUAUAUCACGUGAUGAGAACGAAGUGUAUACGAAUAAUUUAAGCAAUAGGAUAAGAGAACGCUCAUUUUCGAAAUCGUAUAAUACGCAAUUAACCAAUAUGUCGGAGAGUUUACGUUUCGAAUUGAAUCGUUUUAAAACGAUGAUCGAAUCGAUCGAACGUGAACGCAUUUAUGGCCAAACGCCGCAAACGAAACAAAAUACGUUCGAGUCGGUUACAAAAGCAGAAGAGAGUUAUAAUGUUGAUAUGGAGGCCGAAGUAACGGCAGCGGCAGAUGCAGUGGCGGAAACGAUAUCAAUAACAGUUAUCGGUGCCGAAACUGUCGAAACGACCAACGCGAUGGAUGUGGAUGAGGAGGAAGAGAUGGAGGUGGAGGGUGCUGUGGGCGGCGACGAUGAUACACGUGGUUAUUGGUCUACGGUUUUCGGACAAGCCAGCCAAAUAGAGGAGACCACGCCGGAAAUGACGCUUGACGAACGCUUUGCCGAUAUACAAAAAGCACAUCGUGCCCUUGAAUUAUUGGAGGAUUAUCACUCGAGACUAUCAGAGCCGCAGGAUCGUGCACUGCGCAUAGCCAUCGAACGGGUGAUACGGAUUUUCAAAUCACGCUUAUUUCAAGCCUUAUUGGACAUCCAAGAGUUUUAUGAACUAACACUGCUGGAUGACUCGAAGACAAUACAGCAGAAGACAGCGGAAACACUGCAAAUCGCUAGCAAAUGGGAACAGGAUGGUCAUGCAAUAAAAAUCGCUGAUUUUAUGAGAAAUUUUAAUCGAAAUUAUGCAUUUGCCACGGAACCAAUAUCCGAUCCCAAACAAUUACAUUCGAUAAUUCCGCUCGGCGAUGACACCGGUGUGGAUGAGUUGCUGUUGAAUCAGCGCAUGAAAGUCGAUGGCGACGCCGACAUUCCCAAAGAGAGUGCGGGAGUCAGCGCCAGCGGUACUGGCGCAAGUGAGGGCGGCAGCAGCAGCGCUGCAAAGGCGGCGGCCCGUUCGCCUGAAUCGGCGCCCUAUCAUAACCGGCAGCAACAGCAGCAGCAGCCCAAUACCAACGUGGACACUGUGAGCAGCGAAGCUAUACACAGAGCGUCAUCGACGAAGGUGAACGGUGAUGAGAGCUGGCAAUAUGAGGAUAUUACAUUGGAGCGUGGCAAUUCUGGUCUUGGUUUUUCGAUUGCCGGCGGCACAGACAAUCCACACAUCGGCACGGACACCUCCAUUUAUAUAACGAAAUUGAUACCGGGCGGUGCGGCCGCUGCCGAUGGACGUUUAUGCAUAAACGAUAUCAUUGUGUCGGUGAAUGAUGUGUCUGUGGUGGAUGUGCCGCAUGCAUCCGCUGUGGAUGCGCUGAAAAAAGCCGGCAAUGUGGUGAAAUUGCAUGUGAAAAGAAAACGUGGCGGUGGCGGCGGUGCUGCUGGCGGUGGUGGUGACGCUACUGCCGCCACAUCGGCCACCUUGCCACGUAGUGCUGCCGCCGCCGCUGCAGCUGCAGCUGCUGCCGGUCCGAAAGUGGUCGAGAUCGAUUUGGUGAAGGGUAGCAAAGGUUUGGGCUUCUCCAUAGCCGGCGGUAUUGGUAAUCAGCAUAUACCGGGCGAUAACGGUAUUUAUGUAACAAAAAUCAUGGACGGUGGCGCCGCUGCGGUCGAUGGACGCCUCUCGAUUGGCGAUAAACUGAUUGCGGUGCGCACAAAUGCGGCCGAAACUAAUCUGGAAAAUGUAACACACGAGCAAGCGGUCGCCACACUCAAGUCAAUUACGGACAAAGUAACGUUGAUCGUUGGCAAGACGCAGCACUCAGUCAGCUCAUCACAGCCACAAUUUGCGCCGAUUAAUUCGCAUUCAACAGGUGCGAUAAAUAAUAUUGGAAAAACAGUUGUUGAUUUUGCUCGUUCACCAUCACCCUCAAUCACCACCAACACCACCACCACUACUACCACGUACAACAACAACAAUGUUAGCCACACAGCUACCACGAAUAAUAUCAACAAUAAUAUACAAUCCUCAGUACCCGCCUCCUCCACAGCAGCUGGUGUUGUUGUUGCAUCAACAUCCAGAUCCCAUUCACCUUUGCCUCAACCAGCAUCUAGGUAUGCGUCAUCGAAUGUGCUGGCCGCCGUGCCACCCGGAACGCCACGUGCCGUCAGCACUGAGGAUAUUACACGUGAACCGCGCACAAUCACCAUACAAAAGGGUCCACAAGGUUUGGGCUUCAAUAUCGUCGGCGGCGAGGAUGGUCAGGGUAUAUAUGUGUCAUUUAUACUGGCUGGCGGACCCGCUGAUGCUGGCGGCGAGCUGAAACGUGGCGAUCAGCUCUUGAGCGUCAAUAAUGUCAGCUUGAAUAAUGCAACACACGAGGAGGCCGCUCAGGCGUUGAAGAGUUCCGGUGGCGUUGUCACAUUGGUCGCUCAAUAUCGCCCCGAGGAGUACAACCGCUUUGAGGCGCGCAUACAGGAGCUGAAACAGCAGGCUGCGCUCUCGGCCGGCGGCACGGGCACACUGUUGCGCACCUCACAAAAGCGUUCGCUGUACGUGCGUGCGCUCUUCGAUUACGAUCCGAAUCGUGAUGACGGACUGCCGUCGCGCGGUCUGCCCUUCCGCCAUGGCGAUAUAUUGCACGUGACCAAUGCGUCCGACGACGAGUGGUGGCAGGCAAGACGCGUGCUCGGCGACAGCGAAGACGAACAAAUCGGUAUUGUGCCAUCGAAACGACGAUGGGAGCGAAAGAUGCGCGCACGCGAUCGCAGUGUUAAGUUCCAAGGUCAUGCCGCUACCAAUAAUAACCUGGACAAGGUCAGUAAUGAGCAAUCGACGCUCGAUCGAAAGAAGAAGAAUUUCACAUUUUCACGGAAAUUCCCGUUCAUGAAAAGUCGCGAUGAGAAGUUGGGCGAAGACGGCAGUGAUCAAGAGCCAAAUGCAAACGGAGUUGUAAACAGCAAUAGUGAACUUGAUGUUAACAAUGUUAACAACAAUGAUUCAAAUGAACCGCAACCUUUUAUGCUUUGCUACACACAAGACGAUGCCAAUGCUGAAGGAGCCGAAAUUAUCUACCGUGUGGAGUUGCCAGAUAUGGAGCAGAUAACACUAAUCUAUUUGGAGAAUAGCGAUGCUGACUAUCCAUCCGAAGAGAAUGUGCUCUCGUACGAGGCCGUACAACGGUUAUCCAUUAACUACACACGACCGGUAAUUGUGCUCGGCCCAUUGAAGGAUCGCAUCAAUGACGAUUUGAUAUCGGAGUAUCCCGAGAAGUUUGGCUCCUGUGUGCCACACACGACACGGCCGAAGCGUGAUUACGAGGUGGAUGGUCGUGAUUAUCAUUUUGUUUCGUCACGUGAGCAAAUGGAGCGCGAUAUACAAAAUCAUCUGUUCAUUGAGGCGGGCCAAUACAAUGACAACCUCUAUGGCACAUCGGUGGCGAGCGUACGCGAGGUUGCGGAGAAGGGUAAACACUGCAUUUUAGAUGUCUCGGGCAAUGCCAUUAAGCGGUUGCAAGUCGCUCAACUAUAUCCAAUUGCUAUAUUUAUCAAACCGAAAUCGGUGGACUCAAUAAUGGAAAUGAAUCGACGCAUGACGGAAGAGCAAGCGAAGAAAACUUACGAACGUGCGAUUAAAAUGGAACAAGAAUUCGGCGAAUACUUCACAGGAGUGGUCCAAGGCGACACCAUCGAAGAGAUCUACAGUAAAGUCAAAGCGAUGAUCUGGUCACAAUCGGGACCAAUCAUUUGGGUACCAUCCAAAGAAUCUCUAUGACCAACAGCCACGACGACAUGGACACUGCCGCCUCGAGUACGCUGUCGACCAGUCUCGAGAUCAACAACAAAUCAACAUCAACAGCAAACGCACUGAUUUUGAACGUCAUUGAUGGAACACGAUGUCGCCAACAACGACCAACACACACACACACACACAACUCGUAACCGAAACGCAGCCGAUGAUUCACGCGGAUGCGUUAUGCAAAUGAGCUGAAGCAAGCGAAUACAAAAUAGUGGACAGGCACACACACACACGCGGCAUACAAUCUUCAAUCUUCGCAGCAUUAUGUCACACCCACGCGCAAAAUGUCACCAGCCUUAAGCAAAUAUAUACCAGCCGAAGGCAAACAAGGUCUAACAGGCCUUGUUGACGCAAUAUGGCCGGUGCUUCUGUCUUUACUGUCAGUGUGUGUGUGCGUGUUUGUGUGGUUGCCUAUUUGCAGUCGGUUGCUUACGUCGUUGAUGCGACCGCGCGUUUUGUGGAAAAAAAGUGGAGUAAAUAUGAAACUAAAAACACUAUAGAAGAAAUAUGUUGUAGCUAAUAAAGAGAAAACAACAAAAACAAAUAAUAAUAAUGAAUAGGCAUAAGUCAGGCUGCGACUACUCUACUACAUGCAUAUAUAUUGAUAAUGAUGAUGAUGAUGAUGGUGCAUUUGUUGUUUGUUUGUUACCGCUAGCAAUUAAAAAGAAAUUCGAUAAUCGUUUAAUACAUAUAUAUGUGUGUAUAUAUAAAUAUACAGCUGCAUAUAUAAAAUUAUAUAUAUAUAUAUAAAUAAUUAGUAACGAAGCAGAAGUUUAAUAAAAUUGUAAUGCAUAUGAGUACACACACGCUCCACAUAUACAUACAUAUAAAGAAAUUGCAAAUUCUACACGCAUACAUACAUAUAUAAAUACCGACGUACAUACAUAACUAAUUGCAUAUAUCAUACACAAAAACAAUAAUAAAAAUAAUAAGAAAUCAAUUGCAUAAAGAGGGCAACUAGAAAUUGCGCAAAGGAGACGUCAAAAAGUAAUGGAAAUGCAUGCGCAAGCAAAAGCAUGUAAUAAAUGCCGAACACAAAGUAAAUAAGCUAAAAUUAUAACCAGUGCCGAUGAACAAACUCGCUUACAUAUGUACAAUAGGCAAUGCAGCAAUGACUAAAAACCGUUAAAGUGAAGUUAAAGUUGAAGAAAAAUAGCGAAAAAUAGCGUGCGAAGCGAAUUAGCAAAACCUAACCUAAAAAUUGCAAAUUUAAAUUUGAGAAAUGCGUAGUUAAAGUGAAGAAAAAAUUUAAGAAUUGUUUUAUUAACGUUAUAACGUACAAUAAUUUAUUUAUAUUACAUAUAAAUAUAUAUACAAAUAUAUAUAAAAAGAGAAAAAGUUAAGUAAAGCAAAGCAGCAACGUUAAAUGCAGUGUAUGUUGAAAAAACUGUAUUUGUCAUAAACAAUUGUAUGUAACAGCAAAAUGCAACAAAACUACAACAAAAUAUUUUAUGAUUUUAUGUAAUAAUUACGCAUAUAAUUUUUUAUUAUUUACGCUUAGUGUUAAUAACAAUUUUACUUUCCUACAAACUGUCACAAUCUGAGUUGAUAUUGUCUCAACGCUAGUGUAGCAAUAAUAAUAACAGCAACUAUGUAUUGAAAAACAAGAGAGAAACAGUGCAAAAAAAUAAUUUUGUGUUUUUAUGUGCAACGUAAAUAUUUUGUACUCGUAUGUACUGUAUGACGCUAAAAUAAUUUUUUUCGAGUUUAAAAAUAGCUACUUUACUUUUAUAACACACUGUAAGCGUGCAAACUGCAAUUUUGUUGUUGUUGCAUGCAUAAGGCUCAUAAUUUAUUUCACAUUUAUUUGUAUUUGUAUUGCCCAGUUGGUUAUAUAUUUUGUAAAGAAAGAAAAACAAAGAAUUUACAACAACAACAACAACAUUACUUUAAGCCUUGUAAAUGUGCGCAUGGAAAGAGGCAUAGUCAAAAUAGUGAGGUUAAAUUCGAAUAUGCUACUUAACUACACACACUCACACAUACAUACAUACAUACAUACGUACAUCAAGCUAUAUUACUUUUAUUUAUAAUUUACAAUUUACCUUACUCUGUUUUACGAGUUUAUGUUAAACUUUUAUACACUUACAACAACUACAUAACUGUUCUUUAUUAUUUUUAGGUUAAAUUACAAUUUAAUUUAAGCGCUUAAUUUAAACAUAUUUUACAUUUUUGUUGUAAAGUUGUCAUUGACCACCAACCAACCAACUGGGCGUCUUGCAUUGUUUUCACACUAAUUUAAUCCUUUAACAACUGUUUGCCUCUCCGUAAAGGGUCUAGGACAAGCGUCAUAAGCGCCCACUCACAGCACUGUUCGCAGCGCUGCGUUGUUAAUUGUGCAGCAGUUAAGCUUGUUUGUGUAAAAUCCGACAGCUUCAAACUCCAUUAGUCCUAUGCAUACUACUAUUGUACAAAACAACAACAACAACUACAAAUACUAUUAUAAUAUAAAUUAUUACUGCUACUCCGCUACACUACUUAUUGUUCAAGUAUAUGUGUGUGUGUGUAAUGUUAAUGUUUCUUUCUCAUUCUAGUUAAAUAUUAUCUUUGUCUUACAUUUUAAUUAUUAUUAUUUUUAUUUAAAAAACUAUUGUACAAGUUAUUACAAGCAUAUAUAGUGCGUACUCAACAUACAUGCAUACUUAAUAGCAAAACACAAAACACAACAACAAAAAAAUAACAUAAAAAACAAGAAAAUGAAGCAAAAAUAUGCAAAAUUAACAAUAACAAGAACAAAAAAUACUUUUUUUCAACGAAUAUCUAAACUAAAAUGCGUUAAGUGCAAGAACAAGAGCGUAAACAAUAAUACAGAAUUUAAGUAAACAAUUUAACUUAAUUAAAUCGUUUCAUUUUUAUUCAAAAAAUAAAAAAAAACACAA